ACCACGCUGACUCCUCUCCGUCGACUUGCUCAACACUCGACUACCACCUGCGCUGCUCAGGCCACCGCGUACGGCAAGUGUAUUGUCGCCACAUACGCCGACGUCAGAAAGGACAUGUGCAAGGCGGAAUUUGAACAGUUCGGCCGCUGUAUGCGCGAAGCAGUA